AUUUCUCACUUUUACACGAUCGUAGGCACGUGUUUCUCUUUCAGAAAGUCAAUGGUUAAAGGAAUAAAAAUUAUUGAAAUAAUAAUGAUGAAAGAUGAUUAAGUAAUCUAUUUCAAUAUUUUUUUUUAAUAUGUCGUAAAUAAAUUAACAACUGUGUAUCAAACUAGAGGAAACAAGUAGAGGAGAUUAAUCCAAAUGUCAGACUGCAAAUAAAAUAUCAUGGGACUGUGUGAAGAGAAUGCCUUUUUACGUUUGCUACAACCAUACGGAAGGCAAGUUGUUUGGAGCUGGAAAAACGGAAAUGGCACCAACAUUAGAAUGCCAGGAAGCGACUCAGCGAGGUCAGACUGUUUUGUGGAACUUGUAAACGUUUUCGCAGCAGCAAUUACAAUCGUCGCAGCACUUGUACUACUUAUCAAUUACAAAUGUCACUAUGACAGAAACCUGACGAGAAAAUUGCUUCCUCUUCACACGAUUCGUACUCUUUUUUGUUUGGUUCUGCUCCUGCUGGUCGUUUUUGAAUUUUGUGAAUCUCUCCUGAUUUUUGCACCUUUCUCACCUAUUCUCAGUGUAUUGGCUGUCAUAUCAUGUUGGGUGGUCCAUCGUCAAACCGAAAUGAGGAACGGUCUCGGAGUAUCGAUUUCCGGAGGUGGAUUUACUAUAAUCGCCGUCGCUCGAUCCUGGAGACUUCUUCAUUUACGAAGGUUUGGCCUCACAAUCAUCCAUAUUCGAGCAAUCACGACAGCUGGAACCGCGGCCUGCUGCGGUCUGCUAGCAAUCAUAGAUUCCUACACACUUUAUCGAAUGAUGCAGAGAAAUAAAAAAUAUACGGUGAGACCAAAUGAAAAUGUAUACUCGUCUUACAAGCACGUUUCAUCCACUUUUUUGAGCAAACUUACUUUCCAUUGGGUUGCCGACUUACUCAUCCGCGGUUAUCAAAUGCCUUUAGACUUAAAAGACCUCGGGCACUUGCCUAAUGAAGAAUCUUCGAAAGUACAGUUUGCAAAAUUUCAAAAUAUCUACAAAAACGAAAAGGAACUCAGAGGUAAGGACAAGCUGUCUUUGUGGAUCUGCUAUUGGAAACAUGUCUGGCUUCCAUUUACGAUAGGAGGUUUAUUAAAGCUUCUAGGUGAUACAUCAAAUUUGGCUGGACCAAUGGCUAUUUCAAAAAUUAUCGACUACGUUUCCAUCUCCCAAAAUGUUACUGCAAAUUAUUGGAGAUUCGAACACUCAAGCUUUGUAACUCUCCAACAAUUUUUCGAAAAUGGUUAUAUUUUGGGACUUUUGGUGUUCUUGGCAGCAAUUUUGCAAAGUACUUUAAGUCAAGCCUCAACCCACAUCCUCAACGUCGAAGGAAUUCGUCUUAGAACAGCUUUGCAAUCAUCAGUUUAUGAUAAAGCACUUCGUCUCUGUUCUUGGAGUAUUUCUGAAGAAGAAAAGCCACCUGACAACGGAAAGCAAAAAGAUGAACAAGGUCGUCAAGUUAUAGAUAUUGGAACUUUGACCAAUCUCAUGGCAGAAGACGCAUACAACAUUAUGGGUUUCUUUUGGAUUGGACACUACAUAUGGGCUAUUCCUUUAAAGAUCACAGCUAUAAUAUUCUUGCUUUAUUUUAAGUUAGGAAUUAGUGCAAUAAUAGGAGCAGUUUGCUGUAUUUUUAUCGUGACACCAAUACAACUUUACCUUGGAAAAUGCAUGUCAAAUAACGCAAAGUCAAUUACGGAACGAAGUGAUGCGCGUUUAAGGUUAAUAAACGAAAUUCUCCAAGGUAUGCGAUUGGUGAAGCUCAGAGCUUGGGAGGAGCUUUUUGAGAAAAAAAUUGGCACAACGAGAAAUCGGGAACUCAAAUUACUGGACAAGGAUUCCCUCUUCUGGGCCUUUAUAACCUUUUUCACGCACGCUUCUUCCGUACUUACAACCCUCUUCACAUUUGGAGUUUACUUUUGGUUGGAGGAACGUAAUCUUGAUGCUGGAAGUGUCUUCGCCAGCCUCGCUCUUUUCUCCCAACUAACCGUACCGCUCAGCAUCUUCCCAGUCAUAAUUCCUAUAAUUAUAAAUGCGAUGAUUUCUACAAAAAGACUUGAAGACUUAUUGUCUCUGCCUGAGACAAUAAAUAUUUUACCAGAAGUCAAACAAAGGAUAAUUGAAAGUCAAGAGAAGAGUAUUUUUUCCGGUGAUUCUGAUGUAGAGGCUAAUAGUUUACAACCUGCUUCUGUAUUCGGUUAUCUGGAUAACAUAGAAGAGGACGAAGAAGAUUAUCUCAUAAAAAAUAAUUCUGCUUCAAAUUCUUCCACAAAUACAAUUUUUGGGGAAGAAUUGAAAACUGACAAUUUUGUAGUAAAAGCGACGGGUACUUUUUCGUGGGGUUCAUCAGAAACUCCACUAAUUCUCAAUGGCAUAAACAUCCCUCGAGGAAAACUUACAAUGAUAGUGGGCAAAACCGGAAGUGGAAAAACCUCAUUGAUUUCUGCAAUUUUAGGAGAAAUGCAGAAAGUCAGGGGUAAAGUAGAAUGGUCUAGGGAUGGAAGGGUCGCUUACGUAUCACAAAAACCAUGGUUGGUGAAUGCAACUCUACGAGAAAAUGUUUUAUUCGGAUCUGAAUAUCGACCCAAAAGAUAUCGAAAAGUUCUUAGAAUUUGUGCCUUGCAACCGGAUGUGGACAUUUUACCAGGACGAGAUUUGACUAUGAUUGGAGAGAAGGGAAUUAAUUUAAGCGGAGGCCAAAAACAAAGGAUUGCAAUUGCAAGAGCUAUUUACAGUGAUUGUGAUACUAUCAUCAUGGAUGAUCCGUUCUCUGCGCUGGAUCAACAAGUUGGGCAAGAAAUUUUCAAUGAAGGAAUUCAAAAAUUGUUAUUGAAAAAAUACACAAUCAUUAUGAUAACGCAUCGUUUAGAACUGAUGCCUUUUGCUGAUCAGAUCAUAGCAAUGGAAUCAUGUCGAGUUCGAGCAAUAGGUACAAAAUCCAGUAUAGAAAAAUCAUAUCCUGAUCUGGCAACAGAAUGGAGGGAAGCCGCAAAGAGGAAAGUGGAGGAUCACCGAGUCCAGAAAAUGGCAAAAGAUCGAUGGUCCUUAAUUCGAUUGAUUUCUAGGAUUAGCAUCUCAAUUAGGCAAAAGAAUACUACUGAUGGUUUCUGGAUUACUGAUCAGGAUGCGCACGUGACACCACCAGCCUUCGUACCUCUACGACUAAGGCGAUCCACACUUUUGGGGUCCAGAUAUUUGGCUCAUGAUUUAUCAGAUAUGCCAGUUCCAGCAGAAGAGUGGGAUGGAGUUGUGCGAAGAAGGUCCAAAAAACAUCGAACAGCCAUGAGAGCUACUAGCCUUCAACCUCUGAAGAAUCCUCCACCAGUCCUUAGACAAAGUAGUACACCAACAAUAUUAGAAGGACGUUACGUUCCUCCUAGAAAGAGAUACACCACCUUGGAUGAAGGACAAUCAAACAACAUGUUGAAACAACUUUUCUAUGGAAGGAUAAUCAGCACUAAUUCUGAUGAAGCUAUACUUUCUGGAGAAAAGAACAUUCUUCGAAGAUUAAUAUCUCCUAAUCAGAAUAAAGUGAAUUCGAAUCAAGAAGGUGAUCAUCGUUAUGUGAAAAGAUUACUCUACACAGAAUCAGCAGCGACAGAAGAAACUGAAGAUGAAGAAGAGAAAAAUAUUGACCAAUUGGAAAAGGAAGAUAGCCUAUAUGAGCAAGAAGCUAGUGGAUUGGUUACCACGAAAGUUUGGCUGACAUAUUUUAAAGUGGGGGGAAUUUUCCCAGGAAUGACGUAUGUUUUUUCUGCAUUUGGCUGUCAAGCUCUUCGAGUCUGCACAGAUUUAUGGUUGAGUCGAUGGACGGAACAGAAUGAUUAUUCUGAUGAUAGCCAUCUAAAUAUGAUUUUCUACUGUAAAUUAUACAUAGUAUUAUCAAUUUGCUCCAUUGUCUUAUAUGCAAUUUGCAAUGGAGCUGGACAAUGGGUUGGAGCGAGAGCUCGAAGACAACUUCAUCUGGAGGCUAUUUCAGGGCUUCUUAGAGCUCCUUUGUCAUUUUUUGAACAAACACCUGAUGGAAUAAUUCUUAAUAGGUUCAGUGCAGACAUGGGUGUUAUUGACAAGAAACUAUCAAUAGCUGUUCAACGUCUGACUUCUUUUAUUUUACUUUGCGCCUCAGCCAUGCUGGUCAAUAUAGCAAUUUCACCCUGGUUUCUUAUUCCUGCUAUCCCAACCUGUGGGAUUUAUUAUCUCCUACAGAGAUUCUACAGGCGUAGUGCUAGAGAACUCCAAAGAUUAGAUGGAAGUUCCAGAGGACCUUUGUCUGCUCAUUUUUCUGAGACACUAGCUGGACUUUCAACAAUAAGAGCUUCGAGGCAACAAACUCGUUUUAUUAACCGAAUGUUUCAGCAUUUGGAUGCAAACACAAAUGCAUUCUUGAUAUUAAACACAAGUAGUAGAUGGCUAGGGAUCGCUUUGGAUUACUUAGGAGCAGUGAUCGUCAUAGGAGCAAUUUUUGCAGCUUUGAGAUCAGCAAAGUCCUAUCCCAAUCAGAUAACUCCAGCCUUGGUAGGCCUGGCAAUCAAUUACACUUUACUUGUACCAAUUUAUUUGAACUGGGUCGUGAAGUUUAUCUCAGAAAUCGAAAUGUAUAUGGGCAGUGUUGAUCGAAUAAGUUCCUUCACUAGAAUUCCCCCAGAAAAUGAUGAAGAUAGUAUAGAUCAAAUUAUUCCAGCCGAUUGGCCCAGGAACGGACAGGUUGUUUUUGAUAAUGCAUCACUCAGAUAUGAUAUUCGACGAAUUCCUGUAGUUACGAAUCUUGACCUUUCCAUACCAGCAGGAACGAAGCUAGGAAUUUGUGGAAGAACAGGAAGCGGGAAAUCUACAACUGCGAUGGCCGUUUUUCGUCUGAUGGAGAUUUCUCAAGGUCGAAUUCUCAUCGAUGGAUUUGAUAUUCGAAAAGUCCCUCUUCAAAUUUUGCGAUCGAGGCUUUCUGUGAUUCCUCAGGACGUUAUAAUCUUCAGUGGAACAAUCAGAGAAAAUUUGGAUCCCUUUUCUGAAUACACUGAUGAUGAAUUAUGGUCAGCUUUGGAACUGGCUCAGAUGAAAAAUGUUGUUUCCUCUUAUCCAGACGGUUUGAAUCUUGAAGUAAGAGAAGGAGGGGAAAAUUUUUCAUCUGGGCAACUGCAGUUAAUAAAUAUGGCUCGGGCAGCUCUUAAAAAAUCUUCUUUAAUAGUGCUUGAUGAAGCAACUAGCGCUUUAGAUUCUUCUACUGAAAAAUCUUUGCUUCAAACAGCUGCAGUGGUAUUUAAGGACAAAACUGUUAUCACCAUCGCGCACCGAGUUGUUUCGUUGCUAGCCUGUGACAGAAUUCUUGUCUUUGAAGACGGAAAAGUGGUGGAAGAUGGUUCACCAACAGAUCUUAUGCAACGACCUAUGGGAUUUUUUUCAGCGAUGCUGAGAUCUGCUGAAGAUGUAGAUGAAAAUGUUCUGGACGAAAACAUGAUGUUCUCGUGCUUCCCGCGACCAAGUAUCUUGAGCCAACGGGGUAGUAUAAAUCUAACCCCCCUGCCCAGCAAUGAAGAAUCGAUUUCUGCAAGCAGUUACCACAUUAAAACAAAAAUAAACCAAUUGCAGAACGGAAGUACAAGAGAACCCGUGGCAAUGAGCUACAAGCAUUCCGGUGAAUCAGAAUUCUAUAUCAGUGUUAUAAGAUCACACCCAGGAUCCAGUGUUUUGAAUGGAACUGGACCACCAUCACAGUCAAAAAAUAAAAAUCGUGCUCCUUCGCCCCCCUCCAUAUAUAUUCAUCAUGAUGAUAGUGAAAUUGAAAAUCAAGAAGACCGACUUUCGUCAUCUCCCUCAACGCCAGAAUGGGAACAACCCCAAACUAACCCAAGAGGUGGUGUCAUUGGCAGGACACCCACACCUCCUUCCGCGCCAACACCCAUCUAUGAGAAAGAUGAUAGGUCGAGGGAGCAAAUCAAAAGAGCUAUUUUGGAAAAUGAGUUUCUGGGUAAUCUCGAAGAAAACCAGGUGGAAGCUCUUGUCUCAGCCAUGUACCCUAAACAAAUACCACCAAAUACUCUAGUGAUCUGCGAAGGCGAUAUUGGAUCUCACCUCUACGUUUCUGCUGAGGGCGAGUUCGAUAUAUACGAAGGUAGUAAAUUCCAAAGGAGUUUUGGACCUGGUGUCGCCUUUGGAGAGCUAGCACUUUUGUACAAUACUAAGAGACUACGAUCUAUAAGCGUGAAGAAAGGUGGAAAGGUAUGGGUACUGGAUAGAUCUGGUUUUCUGACUGUGAUGAUAAGAAGUGCCCAAGAACGAUUAGAGGGAAAUGUACGAUUCCUCAGACAAGUCUCCGUUCUUCAAAAGCUUCCAGAACCAAAAGAACAAAUACUGGCGAAAAUCUCAGACUUAUUAAGAGUCGAAUUCUUUCCUGCGGAAGCUAGAAUAGUUCGGCAGGGCGAGAAAGGCGAUAAAUUUUACAUCAUAAGUGGAGGAAAUGUUAGGAUAACAAAAGACACCGAUUACGGUGGAGAAGAAGAAUUAGUAGUUCUUGGAAAAGGGCAAUAUUUUGGGGAAAAAGCACUUUAUGAUGACGAGGGUGAUAAUCGUAGACACGCCAAUGCGAUUGCUCUUGCACCAGUGGAGUGUCUUACUCUGGAUAGAACAUCAUUCCUCAAUUAUUUGGGAAGCCUUGACGAGAUUCGCAAUAAAGACUGGUUAGCAGAGUACGAAAAACAGAAAAGGUCCUUGACACCCAAAAAGUGGACCAAUGAAUAUGCAGAUUUAACUCUAGGCGAUCUUCGAACAAAAGGUACCCUGGGAGUUGGCGGAUUCGGUCGAGUAGAGCUCGUCAUUCCUGAAAAAGAUCCAGAGAAAAGUUUUGCUCUCAAGAAAUUAAAAAAGAAGGUCAUGGUUGACCAACAACAACAGGAGCACGUGCUGAAUGAAAAACACAUCAUGCAGGCUUGUGAUUCUCCUUUCAUAUGCAAACUUUAUCGUACAUACAAAGAUUCCAAGUAUGUCUACUUCCUAAUGGAAGUAUGUUUAGGAGGCGAUGUAUGGACAACAUUACAAAGAAGACGAUUUUUUGAUGAUACAACUGCCCAAUUUAUGGUUGGUUGUGUUAUAGAAGCUCUGGACCAUCUUCACUCUUUAAAUAUCGUUUAUCGAGAUCUCAAACCUGAAAAUUUGAUGCUUGAUAGUCGCGGUUAUCUUAAACUGGUUGAUUUUGGAUUUAGCAAAAAAAUUGGUCCAGCCAAAACUUGGACGUUUGCUGGAACACCAGAAUACGUAGCACCAGAAAUUAUUCUGAACAAGGGUCACGAUAGGGCAGUUGAUUACUGGGCACUUGGAAUAUUAACACAUGAGCUGUUGGUAGGAAAACCACCAUUUCGAGGAGCAGACCACAUGACAACUUAUAAUAAAAUUCUCAAAGGGAUUGAAAUGGUUGGAAUUCCAAGCAUUGUUAAUAAAAAUGCAAAUCACUUGAUAAAGAAACUCUUGAGACUAAAUCCUUCAGAACGACUAGGGUACCAGCGUAAUGGUAUCCAGGAUAUUCGAGACCACAAAUGGUUCGCGAAUUUCAACUGGGCAGCUUUACAGAGAUUAGCAUUACCUGCACCCAUUGUGCCUACAAUAAGAAAUCCUUUUGAUACAAGAAACUUCGAGAGAUAUCCACCCGAUAGAGAAUUACCACCAGACGAAUUUUCAGGCUGGGAUAUGGAAUUCUAAUAAGAAGGGGGAAUAUUUGACAAAAGAAUCUCUGAUGAGGACCUUUAGAUACCGUUGGAGAUAAAAAUGAUAUAAUUUCAUUAAUAGUGCCUAAGAGAGACUCGAUUGUUAAUUAAUCUUUACAAAUAUUUAUAUGUUUUAAGUAAAACAAUUAUUUUUUAAAUAUCGGAAUAGAGAAAAAAUAUAUCAAAGAAUAUAAUAGUCUAAAAUUUUAUCAUAAACAAUCAUAUUUUAGCUUUAUUUAAAAAACUCCUUAAAUGUGUCUUUAUACCUUAUAUAUAUAAUUUAUAGAUGUAUAAUGUUAGAAUAGCUAUUAUUUAUUUAUAAGGGUCGAAUAUUGAGAAAAAAUCAAAUGAUUAGCUAUUUGGAUUUCAGAGAGUUCAGAAGAAUUUUAAAACUUGAGUGAGUGCGACUAGAAAAAUAAGGUUCUUAAUAUAAGGCUUGUUGAUCCUAAUAAUUUUAUACAUGUUAAAUAAAGAAUUAAUAAGGAAAAAAUUUCA